GUUUGUGGUGUUGUCAACAAUACGUCAGAAUUUACAAAAAAGUCCCACAAACUUCCGAAAUAAAAAAUUCUUUUAUUUCAAAUAAAAUAAAUAUAGAACAUAACAAAAAAACAAUGAAAUAAAAACGAUCGUUUUGUAAAAUUAAAGGAGAGACCAUCAUCAAAAUAAAAUAAAAAAAACUUUCUCUCACAGUAACUACUGCUGCCAAACUUAAACAAGUUCUUCUAGAUUAAAUACAAAUUUUUCUUCUCAUAAAUCCUGCAAAAAGUGAUAACACCACAUACUCAUCAAGAUGUAUUUACCAAUUUCAAAAAAGGACAGCCGAGGUUUUACGUACAGAAUCAAAGAAAAAUUAAACAGUUGGAAGCGGCUUAUAUUCUCCGAUCGCAAUUCUAGAAAUUUGUUCCUUUUUCUAUUGUUAAAUUUAAGUUUUGCAUUUGUUGAAUUAUUCUAUGGAAUAUUAACAAACAGUUUGGGUCUCAUUUCAGACUCAUUUCAUAUGUUUUUCGAUUGUACAGGUCUACUAGCCGGUCUAGCUGCAUCUGUUAUAACUAAGUGGAAAGCUAAUGAUAAAUUCUCCUAUGGCUAUGUGCGAGCCGAAGUACUAGCUGGCUUUGUGAACAGCCUUUUCCUGUUGUUUAUUGCAUUCUUUAUUCUAUCAGAAGGUGUAGAGCGUCUCAUUGAGCCACCAGAGGUGAAACACGAACGAUUAUUUGUUGUUUCUGUGCUUGGUCUUCUGGUAAAUCUAGUAGGUAUAUAUGCAUUCCAACAUGGUCAUGGACACUCGCAUGGCGGUGGUGGCCACGGACAUUCACAUGGCGGCGGAGGCCAUGGACACUCUCACAGUUCUCCCAGUAACCACAUCGAUCAUGGUGAAAUGCUCACUAUCACAGUAGAAGAUCCUCAAAAUCAUGGUCAUGGUCAUAGUCAUAAUCAUGGGAGUCACGGUCAUAGCCAUAAUGGCAGUAGUAGCGUUGCAAUAAGCGAUUUGGGUGGCAAUAAUUCUCAAAUUAUGCGAGGAGUUUUCCUGCAUAUUUUGGCCGAUACUCUAGGAUCUGUUGGAGUAAUUAUUUCUGCUGUUCUAAUGCAAAUGUUUGGAUGGAUGAUUGCAGAUCCUAUUUGUUCAAUAUUUAUUGCCCUAUUAAUUGCAAUGAGUGUUUUGAGUCUUAUCAAAGAAUCGAUUAUGAUUCUUAUGCAACGUCAACCCCAAGAACUCGAUGGAGUUUUACGUCAAUGCUAUCAAAAAGUGGAGGCACUGGGUGGUGUUCAAUCGGUGCAGGAGCCACACUUCUGGACAUUGUGCUCGAAUGUGUAUGUUGGUGCGAUAAAGUUGGAGGUAAAGAAAGACUGUGUACCUAAGUACGUGUUGACGCAUGCGCGAAUGAUAUUUGAAUCAGUUGGAGUGAAGCAAAUUUACAUUCAAUUAGAUUAUGUAGAUGUAUGAUAAUUGUGCAGUUAGGAUUACAAUAUACUUAAUUAAUGUUUUUUUUUUUUAUUAUUAAAAUACAAAACGAAAAUUAGCGAACGAACUUCUGUUGCAAUGUUUUAAUAUUGAUUUUUAUACAUACUUUCAAUUUAUUUGAAAAAAAAAAAACGAAAUAGUUGAUAAAUUUAGUCAGAGAUUAUUUUUAUUAAUUUAUUUACCA